AUGAAUCACACCAGUGAAGCAAAUAUGAAGAAAAUCAGUGUGGCAAAUCUUGAUAAACUUUUAGAUGACUUCUCACAGAUAGAAAAGAAAAUAUUAGAAAUUAAUGGAAAGAAUAGCCUUCUGGAUCUUCAGCUGGAAAAAUGUAAUAGGUUAUUAACAUUAAGCCAAUCGAAGGAAGAGUCAGUACAAGAGGAAUAUGCCACUCUCCAGAAUGUGAUAAAGGGUCUAAGACAAACAAUUGAAAAUCAGUGCAACCUGAGAGAUGAAAAUGAAAGGCUGAAGAAUAAUACUCGUCUCUUGGAAAAGAAAUUAAAGGCUCAUGAACAGGAAUAUAAGAAUCAAAUUGACAAACUUGUGACAGAAAUUAAAAACAAAGAGGAAGAAUGCAAACUGGAAUUAACAAAGGUUCAUUGUGACAUGAGAAGAAAAUUUGAACUAAAAGAAGAGGAGCAUAAAGAAAAGCUAGAGAAAAAAGAGCUGACAAUAUUAGACUUAACCAGACAGCUGAGAACUCUAGAUAAAGAGAAACAGAAUGAGAUAAUCAAACUGCAGAUAGAGUUCAAUGCUAAAUUAGCAAGACUUCAGAAUAAAACAACAAAAACAUACCCAGAUACCACUGUCUUGCCUCAAAACAUCUACCGAAGGAAACUUCAGCAUCUCCAGGAGGAAAAAAACAAGGAAAUUGAAAUUCUCCGUAACACUAUUAGAGAUUUAGAGCAACGACUCAGCAGUGGCCCAGAUUCCCUCCUCAAACGGAGGCGGUUUUGAGAAUAACUUUGAACAUGCACUACUGAAAUGGUUUCUUGACUUAAUACAACUGAAAAAUAUAUUAUAAAUGCAAUAACACAAGCUAUUGAAAGUGAAAACAAAAUAUAAGGCAACUCUGGAAUGCCAUCUAUUUUUUAUUGAAAACUCGCUUAUCAAAUAUAUCAUACAUCUAUUUUCUCCUUAUAUUCAGUACUGCUUUCUUGCUUAUUAGCAUUCACCAUUAAAGGAUUCAGGUUUUGUAGGAGACACAGUUUCCCUAUUAAACCCUCAUUAACUAUGGCAUGUGCUUUCAAAGCAUUCACUUCUAUUCUCUUUUCUGUCUUCCAUGAUCCUUCAAAUUAAACACUACGUUGUUUUCAGAUUAGUUUAGAUAGUUAUACUUACAAUUUGACUACACCAAGAGAGACAUUAUACAAGUUUCAUUAGUAAGUUACAUUAAUAAUCUAUAUAUAUGGCUAAAUUUAACCCUGGCAUAAAUAGACGCAAUUCAGUGAGAGCUGUGUUUGCUUAUACCAGGAUUGAAUUUGAUUCAUAACCUUGUUUCAUGCCCUGAUUCCACAUUAAGAUCUACUAACACUGCCCCCUGUGCCCAUGCAGAAUCCUAUUGCCUUCAGUAGAGCUUCACAAAGGUACAGGUGUCCUUGCUAAUGGAGUCUGAUACAGGAUCUGGUCCUUAAACUAUAAGAUAUCAAAAAGUACAAAAACAAUUAUUUUUGAACAAUGCAAUUUUUGGCAUAUGGCUUACAGAUGAAAUAAAACAUUGUUAUAGCAAGAUGCUCUUGAAUAAACUUUCAUAUGUAUCAAAAACAACAUGAUUGGAUCACUUUCAUAGCUCCUUUUUUAGUUGAGAAAAAAAUUAACUUUCUAAUAUUUCGUUCUUCAGAAAUAAGUAAAAAAACAUGAUUAGAAUGUCUUUUCUGGCUCUCUUCUAUUCUUGGUUGCUAAAUAUCCAACAGAAGCCCCUAGGUUAUAGUUUAUGCUUCUGUCCUCACUAAUGCAAGCAGAAUAUUAGGAGAGAAACAAGAAAGACAAAUUAA